AUGAUCUUGCACUGCUUUUCGGACGGGCCGUUGGAACAGCACUACCCAACCCAGCUGUGCGAGAGCUCUGUUGAAGUGAUCGUGGCCAUCAGGACCGCACCGGGCCACUACAGCACGCGCCAAGCCAUCCGGAAGUCUAUAGGAAACGAGGCCACAAGAACUGCCCUCCCUUGGCGAAUCUUCUUUUACAUAGGCUGUACGCAGGAUCCCAAGUCAUCCCGUGUUCUGAGGAGAGAGAUAAAGAACGAUGACAUUAUUGUGGUCCCCACGCCACAUAGCUCUCUGAAUGCCGUACAAAUCUUUCUGGAAAUGGCCACGUGGCUUUACCAACACUGCAGCGCACGGUACGUUAUUCACAUUAACGAUACAACGUUCCCCGAUCUGGUGGGUCUCCACAGGUACAUCGCCAAUCUUAGCCAAGAGGACAACGGCUUUCACUGUAGCGAUCAGCAUUUGGUGAGAGUACGAAGAGACCCAGCCGACGAGCAGUUCUACCUCCCCCCUGGGCUCCUCAAAGACGAUGUGUUUCCGCCAUACUGUGAAGGAGAAGCUUUUGUGUUGAAAACAAGAUUUUUAGAACUCAUAGUGAAUGCGGCAGAAAGCAGUCCGCAGUUCCCUCUGUUUGGACAGUACGUGACAGGCAUGUUGGCCAAGGUCUCGAACUUGGAGCACAAGAGCAUUGCGGAGGCAAUGGCUGGGGUGACCGACAUAUGGACGAGGACCGAGAGAAAGUUGUUCAUUACGGGUAUGGUGAAGAUUUCGAUGUGGAAGCAGUACUGGAUGAAAAUGAUGGUCUGCUACAAGGACAACGAUAACCUUACGUUAGAGCUGACUGAACGAAUAAUGAGCAAAUUCCAGAUAAGACCUCUGAACUGA